UGUACCGCCACGAUCCGCGCGUCGAGCAGUCGCAGAGCUUAUAUCAGAACUGGUUGCAGAGUCGUGAGUGGUUUGUGUGCGUGGUGUGUUGUAAAUUCUUUAUUCCUUUUAGACGUCAGCUGCAUUGCUCUGUAUUGAGAUUGCAAUUGAUAGACUGUAUACAAAAAGUACAGGAAUAAGUUUAAUUAGGGUUUGUUUAAGUUUCAAGAAUUUACGACUUUAAGAGAGAAGAAUGUCUUCUUACAGGCCCAUAGAUUCAAAAAGGGAGGAAUUUAGAAAAUACCUGGAAAGAACAGGAGUUAUGGAUGCUCUGACUAAGGCAUUGGUUGCUCUGUAUGAAGAAACCGAGAAACCAGAAGAUGCUUUAGGAUACAUUCAGGGUUACCUUGGUGGUGGUGGUGGUGGAAAUGGUAGUGGUGGAGGAGGUGGCAUUGGUGGAAAUGGCAGUAACAAUGAAGAAUCAAGAUCUCUGCAGAAACAAAUGGAAGAUUUGAAAAUGAAGCCAGAGAAGUUGGAAGGCUCAGUUUUGAAAGGAAGUGGAGAUCAUUCUAGUGUUGCUCCAAAAUCAGAAGAAGUGGUCAGAUCUGUGGCAGAGAGUAAACCAGGAGCUGAAGGGGAUGCCCCCACUCUUCUCUCCAAAGAAGGUCUCGAGAAGGGUCUUUCUGGAAAAGAAGAAACUGUGAUCCGCCCGGCAGAAUCCCUUCCUCCUGAAGCGGUUGCUUAAUGUGUAGGAAGAUUGUCAAGUACUGUUUUUUGGAGACCGACUACCAAGGGCUGUGAUAUAAACCAAACUGACUAUGGAAGAAUUUAAAUGUCACCAGUAUUGAAGUUAAGAAGCUAGUCAAGAUGCAAUUAGCAAGAUGUUCUUUUCCUGAAUCUGGUUUUCAACGAAGAAAGUAUUUUUGUUAUGUUAUUAAAUUACAAUAUGUAGUGAUGUUAAGUGAUUUCAAAUUGUGUGUACAUCCCUCAAAUGUGCCUUUAAAAAGUAACUGAAGAUAUUUCUGUAAGUAAAUAAAGAUGUACUUAAAUGAUUCCAGAGACUUUAUUAUUGAGACUUUGCAAAUUAUUACAAGAUUAAAACUUUCAGAGCUUUGUGGAUAAGGAACUUCAAUAAUGAAAUGAGCAAAAGAAAUUGAAAAGCAAUGCUGAAUAAACUUCCAUGCAACUUGUUAGGAGCUCGCUUUGGCAGCUUGUCUUCGCUUCACAUCCCAGUUAAAUACUCUUGCCAUAUUAACUUCAGUUGUAGUGAACUGAUCCCUGAAAAGGCAAAACAGGAAAUUGAUAAAUUUGAGCAUAGAAUUUUAACAGAGCUCAGGUUUACCUGAACUUAUACAGGACUACUAAACAUUCACUCCAGAACGUUGGAUCUGUUGGCAUUAACUUUAAACAACUCUUGUUUCUUGUAAAUUUUCUACACUAAAUUGAUUCAGUAUAUGAACAUUAGUGCUACAUGUCCAAAAGCAAGCACAAAUGAGGCAGUA